AUGUUUUUUCCUGACUCUGGAUGGUUUCAAAAUGAUGGGAAAGGAAUAGGGAAUACUGCUGAUACUGUAAGGGGAAAGCCACCGCUUCUUACACAGACGAUACCGCAGCAUUUUGAGGGUGUUUCAGAGGAGAAUUGGGAUGGGUUGGCUGUUAUUUCGAGAGCUAGUGCUUCCCAUCCGGUUCAGGUUGGAAGCGAGAAUGAAGCUUUUAAAAAACAGACAGCGAGAAAUGAAGCUAGUCAGAUUGCACCCGAUUUGAGUAGGAUCACUUAUGGGGAUCUACAUCACCUGAGCAAUUCCAUGGCGAUGGGAUUGCAGGAUAGAGGUGUGAGGAAGGGGGAUAGAGUUGCGGUUAGUUUGGGUAAUGGGUGGGAGUUUGCGGUUGCUAGUUAUGCUAUUUGGAAGUUGGGGGGGAUUUUGGUAAGUGCUGUUGUUUUAGCGAGUUUCUUUUGAGUGGCUUCCUGGGGGUUUGGAGAUCUUACAGAUGACUAUAUGGUUUAUAUGAAUCGGCUAGCUAACUUUAAUGUAGGUCCCCUUAAAUCCUUCUUUCAAUGCGCCUCAAGUUAUUGCGGCACUUACACAUCUUGACGCCGCUCACUUGAUUAUUGGAACAGAAACCAAUCUUCCAUUCAAACCUUCAAGAGAGAAUCUGUCACUUUUGAAGGAAUUAGUGCCAGACCUUACAUCUGGAGGAAACUUGCGAUCUCCCACAGUUCCAUCGCUGAAGAAUUUGUUUCUAGUAGACAACUCAGAUGGAAGAAUUGAGACCUCAACUCUGAGAGCAACUAUUCCAUUUCUGUCACUUUUCGACAAAAGCACCUCGAGCAUAAAAGUAACCCCCGACUCGCCACUUUCCCCAGACGAUAUAAUCAACAUCCAAUUCACAUCCGGUACCACCUCCGCCCCCAAAGCCGCCUCGCUAACUCACCGUUCCAUUCUCAACAACGGUUUUCAAAUCGGCAGUCGGAUGGAUCUAACCCCCAAAGACAUAAUCUGCUGUCCACCACCAUUAUUCCACUGUUUCGGUUCCAUCUUGGGAUACAUGGCAACCGCAACCCACGGCUCUACCAUCCUCUUCCCCGCACCAGCUUUCGACCCCGUCGCCACGCUUUUAGCCGUUCAAGAAGAGAAAGCCACAGGUCUGUACGGCGUCCCUACCAUGUUCACAGCAUGCCUCGAACUCCUCUCCUCGGGCAAGAUCUCCAGAGAGGGGUUCCAGUAUCUGCGCACGGGAAUCGCGGCGGGGAGUAGUAUACCGAGUCACCUCAUGUCGCGACUGACGAACGAAUUGAAUCUGGAUGGUCUCACGAUCUGCUAUGGGAUGACGGAGACUUCUCCAGUGUCAUGUAUGACUUUCCCUACUGAUCCUCUGGAGAAAAGAUUACACACCGUCGGCCGCCUCCUCCCCCACGUCUCAGCCAAAAUCAUCACUCCCUCCCCCUCCCCUCCCCCCAACUCGUCCACCCACGACCUCCUCCCCAUAGGCACCAAAGGCGAACUCCUCAUCUCCGGCUACAACGUCAUGACCUCCUACUUCGGCUCCCCCAUCCAAACGGCGUCAGUCCUGCAGCCCGACACCAACGGCCAGAUCUGGAUGCGCACCGGCGACGAGGCCAUCAUGGACUCCGGGGGCUAUGUCAGUAUCACAGGUCGGAUUAAAGACCUGAUCAUCCGUGGAGGCGAGAAUAUCCAUCCCCUGGAGAUUGAGAAUUGUCUCCUGGGGAUGCCGGGGGUGAGUGCUGUUUCGGUUGUGGGACUGCCGGAUGAGAGGUAUGGGGAGGUGGUUGGGGUUUUUGUUGUGACUGAGAGGGGGUNAUUUGGUGCCCAAGUAUGUUUUCUGGUCCAAGGAUUUUCCGAAGACGGCUAGUGGGAAGGUGCAGAAGUUUCGGUUGAGGGUGAUGGGGGUUAAGGGGCUGGGGAAGUUGGGGAAGCUGGGGUGAGGGGGGGAAGGGGGGUUGUGAGUGAGAUUUAUUGAUAUCUUAAAUUCUAAAAUCUCGGAAUCUAAUAGUCAGUACGUCUUUCUACACGCGUAGUAGAAAGACUUACUAACUAUUAGCUAAGAAAGAAAGAGGUAAAAGCAUCCGAUUAAUUUCCAAAGAGGGUUAUUGGGGAGGUGUGGUAUAGAAAGAGAGUAUAGUAUAGUAUAGUAUGAGAAGUUUAGGUAGGUGGUAAGGCUGGGUUUACUUUGAGUACCUACUGUGUGAUUUCAAGGCUUUAUAUAUCUACUAUUUAUCAUUAGAAAUUAUUCUUUAGGAACUCGUUUGUAAGGAUUUGGGAGAUGAGAGAUGGGAGAUGGACUUUGCAGAAAAGUUUCGAGAAUGGUGGUAGAGGGCUUGGGUUUUGGUUUAGUGUUAGUGUAAGUGUAAGGGUUGUGGGGGGUUGGUUGGGAAUGGAGAAUGGAGAAUGAAGUGGAAGGGGGUUUGGUAUUUUGAGUAAGAGAGUAAGAGAGUAGAGAUUGGAAGGAUUGGGUUUCGUUGAAGGUGUGAGGGAGGGUUGUUGAUGAUACUUAUGAGAUCGAGGGAGUGACAUGAAGGCUAUAGUUUUAUGUGAAAGAUAGUUUGGUUAUAGAAGGAAGGGACUGGGUAUGGUUUUAUGGAUAGGAAAUGCGUUGUACAUGUACUUGCCUAGAUUAAUAUAUUUGAAUUGAAUAAGGAGGUACGACUUGUAGAUUUUCACUUUCUACCAUAGUUGCCCGGUUGCCGGGCAUAGUAACAGCGUUCGAAAGAACUACUUAAUAACUUAAGUACUACUUAGAGUCACUCGAAUUAAGUUAAGUUAAGUACGAGUAGUAGAUUUGGUUAAGUUGAGCUGAGUAGUACUCAAGUACUCGAAUAGUAUACUAUAAAUAGUAAUAAUAGUAGGUUAAGCUAGGUAUUAUUGCCUACCAUAUUCCGGAAUUUACAAAUAUAGUAUAUAGGGGGUUGUGCUGAGUCCGAAUAGUUGAACCGGUUGCCUGAUACUCGGCCCGACCUCCAAGUAGUACUCGAGUAGUAUGUACUUAACUUAAGUACUUGGCUAGUUGAGUUUAGUAGGUCUAAUACUACUCGGGUUAAGUUGAGUAGAUACAGCUACUCAACUCAAUCCAACCCAUUUCCAAGGCUAGUUAGUAGUGCAGGUAUUCGAGAACCAACAAAGUCUCUUUUUGACGAAAGAUCCGAUCCGCUCUUCCUCGAUCAUUUACUCCAUGUCGAUUUGAAGACCGCAACACCUCCAGUUCAGCGGCAAAAUAAAUCCGAUCUCUUUUCAGACUCGUCUGACAGAAGAAAGGAAGGCAAGCUGCUUUUACACGGGGUCACUGAAUAGAAAAGAAUGAAAAUGAAAAAUCGCAUUAAAUGCUUUUGGCCACUCCGGUCGGUCGCUCAAACGGACGCAGGGAGAGAUCAGCACGACUUUAUUUCGUUUUUUGUGGCACCCCACCUGCAGUCAAUUGUGUUUUGCCAGGGGUGCCAGAGUUGGGAACCGAGGAAUCGGGACGAGGGAAUGCAAUUAAAUGCUAAGAGAGAGUUCUUCCGUGACUGUGCCGUAAAAGGAGGUCGAAACGACCUUGUCAACUUUGAUACUGUUCACAGCUUCGUGAGAAAGGCAUCUUCUUUUUAUAUCUUCGUUUUUUUCUUUUCUUUUGAAAAGAAAAGCGAUGCUUAUUAUUGCCACCGUUUCGUUUGAUUUCUUCUCUUGUUACACCGGUGCUGCCAGGCCAAGUGGUAUGGUGCAGGCAUCCGAGAAAAAGGUCGUCGUCUCCUUCAUCGUCGUCCUUGAUUGACUCCUUGUCUUACCACCCUCCACUUCGGUGGCCGAUUUGAGUAACGCUGCCCACUGCAAUGCCGGAAGACUGGGAUGGCACCCGAGUCCAAGGAAGUGUGAAGAGCUAGUCGCAGCUAUUUGGAGCUAGGCGGAGCUAGCAGGCACGCAAACCGUUCCCUACCCUUGCACGUGAGUCAAAGUCAGGUGCCUUCGUGUCCAAUCCGCGUAAAGUGGUUGCAGGAGCCCCUGUCCAGUCGCGUCUUCCCGUCGGCCGUGAGUUCAGGCCUCGCAAUUCUGCAACCUACACCCACACACACCCACCCACACUACCUGCAACAGGCAUCGAGAAGCCUACGGGCCCUGUCGUAUGUGACCUGAGCUGUUAUUUAAAUAGAGGCCGUCCCUUCCACCAGUUUGCGUUCUUUUACGCUCUUUCUUUCUCCUUCCAUCGACAGCCUUCGCCAACAUCGCCCAUUCUCGACAUUCCUCGACAUCCUCACCACGACGACAAUCACCCGACCGACCGAUCGACGACCCACUAACCGAGCUGACUGACCCCGAAGACAAAUCCCCCGACCGACCAAAAUGUUCAGCCGAAAUAUCAACAAACCCCAAGGCGAGAGCUUCUCCCGAAAGCGCAGUUCCACCAAAGGAAAAUCCACCUCCUUCCGCGAGCACGCCGUCUCCAAACACCGACCAGAUCGCACUGCUCGCAGAACACCCGGCGAGGAGGUCUCCGCAGUGGGAGGGUUAGUCAAACACUCCUCAAACCCUUGUGAUGCGGAAGUCUAUUUGCGGUCGCUAACAAGAACUUGGAAAUAGCACCCUCACUUCAUCGAUCAUCACUCUCGUCGUCGGUCGGGAACAGCGACUGUUCGCUGCGCACGAAGAUGUUCUUUGCCACUCGCCUUUCUUCCAGGCAACGUGUCGGGGCCAGUAUAUGGAGGCUGCUAAUAAGCGGAUCUCACUUCCGGACGAACAACCUGAGAUUUUCUCGUCUAUUCUUGAGUACCUCUAUAAAGGCGAUUACUUUCCUCGUCUCAUACAUAAUAAGCGGAAGAAUACUUGGGAGCUGGAAAGUGUAGAGGGUGGAGGGAGUGCGGAAAGCACUGUGUAUCACCAAGGUGUCGAGGGCGAUCUAUUGAAAGACACGGUCAUAUAUUGCGCGGCGGAGAAAUACGGCUUGGAAGAAUUGAAGCGUGUGGCUUUACGAAAACAGGGCUUGCGUGAGUACCCUUUCUUGAAAUCCUUCUGGUUUGUGAGUCACUAACGGUUGUUAUGCAGAAUCUGGUAUUCAAUGUAGCACUAUCUUAUCUUCUGCUCGGUACGCUUAUGCCAAUACACCGGAUACCGACUCGAAGCUUCGAGCUCACUAUCUCGCGUUGAUCAUUCGUAGUCGGGGAACGUUCAAGAGGAGCGGGACGAUGCAAAUGGAGAUGCAUGCUGGAGGAAGUCAAUUGUUCUUUGAUUUGUUUGUUGCGUUGUGUAAUCAUGUUGAUGAUGUUGCUAGUGUUGCGUGAGUUUCUUCUCUUCCGCCAUCUUUUCACUUUUUGUAUUGGAAGGCAACUUGCUAAUUCUCGUGUAGAGGCUCACUACGUAGCAUCCGGACGCAUCAUUAGAAUGAUCGAGCAUAAGCACAAGCUUAACAUCAUAGGCCCUUGUUUAAAGCUUGCCAGCAUAUUCCCACUCGCACUAUGCAACUUCGAUACAUUCAACGACUCAACAUACUCACCAUCCCAUCUCCCAGACUUCACCACUUAUAUCCCAUUCCCACUUCAAAUCACGACAUUUUCUUCACCCUCCUUUCUCACAUUUCCUAUUUGAUACCAUCAGGCGUUCAGGCGGCGACACGAAAGGAAUCUGGGCUGUAUCACUACUCUUUUACGAUGUUUUUUUUUUCAUUUCUUUCUUUAUUCAUUACACCUCCUCGUAUUCCUCCUUGUCAUGGCUGCGAGGACUAUCUCAGAUUCGUUGGUUGGUUUUGAUGCGGGUGGUUGGUACUUGGGUGUGCUUAGCUUUCCUUUUACAGAAGGAAGGAAAGAAGGUGGGAUAUUGGGAUAUAAUACUUACUUACCUCCUGCCACCUGUUGCGGGACGGUCGAGAUGAAAGGACGAAAGGACCAGCGAUGGAAAUGGGAGAUUGUGUAGGAUGAAAAGUCUUGGGAUGUGUUUGGGUGGGUUCCGUUGGGUUGGUCAGAUUGGGAAUUGAUGAGCAUUCUCCCUCUCCCUUCCUGUUUACCUUUCUUUAUUUGUAUAAUAAUCCUCUUGGUGUGCGGGUUUCUAUCUCUAGCGAAUGUUAUGGUGACGAUUCAGGGGACCUUCCAAUCUCUCAUCCCAUACUGAUGCUCAUGGGGAGUUCAUUCUGGAUUUUGCGAACUCAGAUGGAUGGAAUAAGUGCG